AUGCCUAGAAGAGGGAGGAGAAGGACAAAGCACAGGACUCAUAAAGAAGAUGACGAUGAAGAAAAGCCAGUCACAAUUGUAUCAAGAAGAGGGAAAAUAGGUCCCAUUCUAAAGCACCUUGUCAGUGAGUUGAGAAUUGUCCUUUACCCCAAUUGUCCUCUUGAUUUCAAAGAAAGCUCGAAAAGCAAUCUAAAAGAUCUGAUUAACAUGGCCAACGAGUUUGAGGUAAACAAUAUGCUGUUUGUCACUUGCACAAAGAAUUCAACCUAUCUAAAGGCUGUGAAAUUGCCAAAUGGUCCAACAAUUUCUUUCAAAAUCUUAGAGUACACACUUUCUAGUGAUGUUAGAGCUUCACUAAAAAAAGCCAGCCGACUUCAACCGGACUUCAAAUCCUCCCCAAUUCUGAUAAUGCGUGGUGUUGAUGGUCUUCCCAACAACCUAUUCAAGAGCAUUUUCCCCACUCUCGACGUGUCAGAAAUCAAGCUAAAAAAGUGCAAACGAGUCGUUUUAAUCGAUAAUCAAGACGACACUUUACAAAUGAGGCACUAUCUCAUCAAAACAAGACCUACAGGAAUCAGCCAAUCCUUAAAAAAAAUCGCUAAAAACCAAAUCCCAAAUUUGAACCAGUUUAAUUCGGUCUCAGAGUGGCUAGAAAACUCAGGCAACGCAAGUGAAAGCGAAGGAGAAGAAGCGACUGUCUCUGACCAGUCCUCAAAACUUUCCCUAAGACUUGUAGAGCUAGGCCCAAGAAUGUCAUUAAAGCUUCACAAAAUUGAAGAAGGGAUUUGUGGAGGAAAUGUCCUUUACCAUUCUUUAAUACACAAAGAUCCAAAAGCUGCAAAAGAAGCAGAAAGAAUCCUGAAGGAGAAAAAAGAGUUAAAAGAAAUGAGGAAAAAGAUACAAGAAGAAAAUGUUGAGAGGAAAAAACAGCAGAAGUUGGCAAGGAAGAAGUCGAAGGAGCCAAGAAAAAGAAGAAAGUUAAACACAGAAGAUGAAGAAAAUUAA